AUGGUAAGGAAGGUUUAUUUGAGCUAUCGUAGAUCCAAAAGAAACAGAAAUCAGGAUACAUAUUCUUCAACUAACAAUGCAGGGGAUGAACCAUCCUUCUUAGGCCCUGAAGGAAAAAAUGCAACGGCUGGCCCUUCUUUUGUUACUGAACAUGGAGGUGGCACUGUGCCAGUAGAGGCUUUAAAAUCUGCAAUACAGGUUGAGCCUGUUAUAGUGCUGCAUCAUCGGAUUCAACCACUCUACAAGAAAAGGGGGUUACCUCAUGCACACAUGUUGCUAAUUCUUCGAAAUAUUGAUAAACUCAGGGAAAUAGAAGAUGUAGAUGCUUUGGUGAGUGCGGAAAUCCCUGACCCACAAACUAACUCCAGGCUAUAUAACAUUGUCAAAAACUGUAUGAUUCAUGGGCCAUGCGGGACUAUCAAUCCAAAAUCGCCUUGCAUGGAAGACGAACACUGUACUAGGCGUUUUCCAAAAGAAUUCGCUGAUGAAACAUCAUUAAACGUUAAUGGGUAUCGAUAUAUAGGCGAAGAAAUAAUAGAACUAUGA